AUGUCGAAGAUUCCGCAGUUUUUUUGUCGCUUGCCGAAAAGUAUUGAGCUUACAGAAGGCCAACCUAAGUUCAAGCCUGUCUCAAAUUUUGUUAGUCCAACCUCAGAGGUUAGAUGCUCAGCAUAUUCUUCGGAUGGUAAAUGCUUUGUAUACACUCAAGAGAACGAGGUUGUGGUUUGCUCGAUUGAUGGUCAACAGCUUUUCACAAUUCCAAAUAAAUUCGUUCUUGACUUCGUGUUCUCAGAAGACGGUCAAUUUCUUACCACCUGGUCUCGUCCUGUUAAGGCAAAUGAUGACAGUGGAAAUUGGGCUGAAAACGUGUUUAUAUAUAAACUUGACUUAGAGAAAAAGACCGUCGAAGUUAUUCAGAAAUACGUGAAUAAGAUGCAAUCAGGAUGGAAGCCUCAAUUUACAGCCGAUGGAACGAUAUUUUGCAGGAAGAUCAACUCGUCACGUAUAGAUUUUUUCAAAGCAGAUGCAGCUGAGGGAAAUAAAACACUGUACUCAUUGUCUCUGGAUGAAGGUAAGCUGGAGGAAUUCAGUUUAUCUCCGGGCAAGAAUCCAUCGAUUGCCGUUUUUAUUCCUGGAAGCAGAGGAAAUCCAGCAUACAUAAAGGUGUAUUCACUUCCUAACUUGAAGUCAGCUAUAUCGCAAAAGAGUUUCUUUAAAGGAGAAUCAUGCAAAUUUACAUGGAAUGGAUUGGGCACAUCUUUGCUUGCGCUGGUUACAACCGCAGUUGAUGCCAGUAACAAAUCAUAUUAUGGUGAAUCCCAGCUUUAUUUAAUGGGAAUUACAGGAACAUUCGACCAAAAGAUUAAUCUGGACAAGGAGGGACCUAUUCAUGAUAUUACAUGGUCUCCAACAUCGCGUGAGUUUGCGGUUAUUUACGGUUACAUGCCUUCCAGCACCACAUUUUUCGAUUCUAGGGAGCUCCAGAAACACAAUCAUUUAUUCGCCCCAUGCAAAAUAUAUAUAGUUGCCGGCUUUGGAAAUCUUCAAGGCCACGUGGAGAUCUUCGAUAGACAGAAGAAAUUUUCCAAGGUUGCUGAGUUCAAAGCUUCAAAUACUUCCGUCUGCAAGUGGGCACCUGACGGUCGCUUCAUUUUAACAGCAACCACAUCUCCUAGAUUACGUGUGGAUAACUGUGUGAAGAUAUGGUAUUUAAAUGGUACUCUUUGCUACGUCAGAAAUUAUGAUGUCUUGUACAAUGUGGAUUGGAGAUAUCAGCCCCUGACGGAUUUCCCACCAAUCCAUACAUGUAGACCAGAUAAGUGCGAAGUCACCCCUGAUAUUUCUGCUGUCGAGUUCUUGGCAAAGAAGACAAGCAUUUCAGGAAGUACAACUUCUGGUCCUAAGGGUGCUUAUAGACCUCCUCAUGCAAGAAAUAGAACUGGUGCUGCUUCUAGAAGUCUUGCCGAAGUUGAGGCUGCACGUUCCGGUAGAUCCAGUCCUUCCUCAGAUGAAAGCCAUUCUGGAGAAAGCUUCUUUUCUCAUAGUAGAAGGAUACCAGGUGCUACUCCAAGAAGAACCAUUCCCGGAGCGGUUCCUCUGGAAAAGAAGAGUAAAAAGAAAAGACACCACAAGAAAUCAGUUAAUAAUGAAGCAAGCACAGGUGGAAUUGAUGGAAAAACAGAAGGUACAAAAGCUGCACCAUCCGAAAGAUCACUUGUUGUCGGUGGUGUUUUUUCAUUAGAAGAAAAGAAAACUAGAAACUUACUCAAAAAACUGCGUUCAAUUCAAAAAUUGAAGGCCAAGAAAGAGAGGGGUGAGUUUUUGGAGAAAACUCAAGAGUUGAAGAUCGAGACUGAAUCCAAGGUGAGAAGAGAUCUCGAAGCUCUUGGUUGGAAAGGUGACAAGGAAGGGAGCACAUGA